GGAGCGCGAAAGAAAGAAAAUACUUAUACAGCGGUCGAGGCUGUUUUCGGCUGAACACCCAUCCGACUCGGCGCACCCUUUGCGGAUUUCUCCAACUCUAUCCGCUGCCUCCUCCUGGUGCUCUCUGAGCCCGCGCAGCUCGCAGCUGCUUCCACUCCCCCGGUCUCGCCCAAACUCUGUCACGGCCCCGAUCUGUCUUCCUCUUCCUCCGCCAACUCGUCUAAUUAGCUGCCCGCCAUGUCCUUCGUCCUCACAAGGCCCCCGUCUCCCCGCCCGGACAUGCACCCCCACCCGGACGAGGACUCCCUCAUCACCGCCCUCAACUCCGCCUUCCAGUCCCUCACCGCACCCACCCACGACUACGACCCCGCCAUGCCCCACCGCGACAAGAAGGACAAGGACGGCCCCUACCUCGACAUCGUCGUCACCUCCGACACCCUCGUCCUCCGCGGCACCGGCGUCGACGUCGACCCCGCCCUCCUCAGCGGCCAUGUCGUCCUCCACCUCACCGAGCCCACUUCCAUCAAGGAGAUUACCCUCCAGUUCAGGGGCAAGGCCCGCCUCCCUGUGUCCUCCGCCGAACCAUUGUCAUUGAGUUCCUCUUCCCUUACGUACCUCGUCUGCAACCACGAGUGGUCCUUCCUCGAGGGCAACCGCUCACAUGCCCAUACACUCAAGGCGGGGCGCCACCUCUUCCCCUUCCAGUUGCAAAUUGGGGGCUCGCUUCCCUCGUCGAUUGCGACCAGCGCUCUGGGCGGUGCGUCUGUGCACUACAAGCUGCGCGCUACCGCGGUCCGCCCCGGCUUCGCCAUCACGCACCGCGACCUGACCACAAUGUGCCCCAUCACGAUCCUGCGCGGGUUUGGAUCCGAGGCGCUCGAGUACCAGCAGACGCUCGAGAUCGAGAACACCUGGCCCGAGAAGCUGAUGUACAGUAUUAUGAUCCCGCACAAGGCGUGGGCUGCGGGCGAGAAGGUCAUUGCGGUGGUCAAGUUCUCGCCCCUCGUCAAGGGUGCACGGGUUUUGAAUGUGACGACGACGGUCAACGAGACGAUCAAGCUCUACACCCGCUCGGGCAUACAGGAGAGUACGAGAGUGAUCUCGAGCACGAGGCACGACAUCGUGAAUGGGCAGGCGAUUUGCGUCGACGAGCAGCACCAUCGGUACCGGAUACCGCUCCUCCACGGUAGCAACCAUGCGACGCAUCGACACACCGCGUCAUUACCAGCGACGCCUGCGAAUGGGCUGGCGCAUCAUCAAGAGGCGCCGAACGGUGUCGGUAAUGGCUACUUCCCGCCACCUUCACAUCCGCCAUCACCCCAGCGCCAUACGACUGAACUGACCCCACUCACGACCACGACUACGAACUCGUCGCAGUCCUCAGGGCAUGGGACCACACUGCAUACGACGGCGUCCGCGCCCACGCAGCAGUCUUCAUCUAGCUCGAGUAGCGAGAACCUCCCUCAGACCCCGCCACAGCCGCCAAUUUCGGCAUUGAUCGGCCCGCAAGAGGCCGAGUUCAUGGAACCCUCCGUGGACGUGGUCACGACGCUGAACAUAACCGUGCCCAUGCACGCAACGCCGAGCCACUCACUAGAGCCUAUCCAGGUCACGCACCGGAUACGAUGGUCCAUCCUCAUCGGCAACCUCGACGGACACACCUCCGAGCUGCGGUGCUCAUUACCGCUACAUGUCCUCGACAACCGGCUAUACGAAGAGGCACGAGCAGCGACAUUACAUACACGACGCAUCCUGCUCGGGCCUCAAGACAUCGAGGGCGGUGUAGCAAUCGGCACGCAUGGCGAGGACAACACGGAGGAGGACAUGGAUCUGCCUUCCUACCCGUCGCACGUCCGCGACCGUGUCGCGAACGCGUAUCUCCCGGACGCGGCCGCUCUGCGUGUCGUCAAUCCUUGGGUGAUGCAGGGCGUCUCACCAACGAUCGGGCCGCCGCGGUCUGAGGGCUCGUCCGGCCUCCAGAGCCCUGCGGCAUACGAGACGUGGCAAGUCGCGCACUCUGCCAACGCGAACAAUCAGAGUGCGCAUAGGCACCUACCGCAGGAGCCACCACCCGGUGCGGCACCGCUGGAGUGGGUGAACACGGAGCUGCUCCUCAGUCUGAGCCAAGAGGCGCCCGAAGCGCCCGUGCACGUACCUCCUCCGCCUCCCGCAAACCCUUCGCCUCCGACACGCACUCCCCCAGAAUCAGCGCACUCACCAGGAGGAAGCCGCUCGCAUUCGCGUUUCCCGAGCCGACGGCAGAGUCGAGCGAACAGCCGCGCAGCGAGCCCGGAGCGAGGUGCGGCGUCGGUCACACCAGGCGGUAGCGUGCACGCGGGCGAGACGUUCGUGCACAGCGGGAGCCACGCGUCGCGGAACAUGCAUUCGCUCUUCAACAUCGCGAUGAAGCCGUUCACGAGCCUGUCGAAUACGUUCUCGCUCAGCUCUCGUAACCCCAGUCAUUCGAACCUCCACGCACAUGGCCAUGGCCACCACACCACAUCAUCGCCGCACACACCUGGAGGGGGCCCGAUGGGGAGCGGCGUGCCGAGCGCGAGCGCGAGCUCGGUCAACCUCGCAAGCAUGGCGCACCACCCGCAUACGCCGCAGCCGAUGACGACACCGGAGCAGCUGCACUACGCAUUCACGGAAGUGCCGGACUACGACAUGGCGAGCCGAGGCUUCCUCGGUGGCGGGAUUACGCCUCUAUCGAGUCUGCAGGGCCUCCCUAGCUAUGACGAUGCGGCGCGGGAGCGGAACCUCAGCCAAACGGAGAGGAGCUUCAGCGACACCGACCUGGCGGGGAUGUUUGCUGCGGCUCAGCGCCAGGGACGGACGGCGGUACCGAGGAUGACGUCGAGGACUGCUGCGAGCACUCCGCCGCCGCCGUCAUGAUUCGUUCACUGGGUUAUUUGUGUCUCCUCAUGAUUUGGUAUGUUCACUCGACCUUGUUGGCUCCCCACUCUUUCAGCAUCACGCAUAUACUGUACAACACGCAAGCCCCUAUAGACCUAGACAUGAUGAUCGCAAGGAUGAUAUGACGGAUGGACAGCGUAGUACUACUAAUGCCCUAAAUAGAGUUCACUCUCCCCUCUCACAAUGAAUGUUGUUGUCUGUUGUUUUUACAGACGUAUCCUGCUC